UCAAAUAUAAAUUUUAAACAAAGUUGGUGUAUUUAUACAUGCAAUUUUUUCUUUUUAAAAGAGUAAUAAUCAUGAAACAAACUUCUCAUUUAGCUAGGUUGAAAUAACGAACCCUUCCAACAGCCUUCUAGAAUCAAUAAUAUUUUUCCAGAUACCAUGCAUUUACACAUAUUCCACAGGCUUCUCAAUCACCGUACCAAUGAUAUCACAGUACGUGUAUACAACAUAUCCAUUAAAUUUUCCGAGUCACCUAAGGCUGCGCACGUGAGGAUUAUCCCUCCUUAUCUUCAUCAUCAACCUCUCCAAGUAAUGUAACGUGAGUCAAUUUGUAGACUUUCAAUGUCAAAAGCAAUCAUAUUCCUAACAUUGAAAAAACCAAAUAAUUAAAUAUGAAACAUAGUAGCAUGGAAAACCUAUGAGCUUGCGGGUCAUCCAAGUACCUUUACAGAAACUUCUAUUUAUUCCCUUUUCCUCCAACCUUCCUAUCUCCUAAUCAAUCAAUCCGAAUAUUUCUUCAUUUUAUUCAAUCUUUCAUCACCUUCCAAGAAACACCCUUUUGUGGAUUUCCCUAUUGCGUCCACACCACUUAGAUACCUAUAUAUAUACCAUCCAUUAAUCCCACACAAAACUUAACAAAAUCUUUGUCCCAUCAUCAUCAAAUUAAAGUCCCAAAUCUUAACUAAUUUCCCAUUUGUGAAAUGAACGGCGGUGAUCGAAGCAUGGUGAAGAAAGGCUACAAAGGGAAGAAGAAGAAGAGCGAGCAGCUCCUCAAAGUAGUGUACAUUUCUAGCCCCAUGAAAGUCAAGACUAGCGCCUCAAGAUUUAGGUCUCUUGUGCAAGAACUCACCGGCAAAAACUCGGACGUGUCGCAAUACAUGGACGAUGGAGCCAAAGACUUCUAUCACGAGAUCGAUUGUGAGCAUCAAUCUAUAGCAUCGGUAUCGACAGACGAUAAUACCCCUACUAGCUCCGACUCCUUGCAGGGGCAUAUGGACCUUGAUGCCUUCACGUCGCAAAUGAGAGACCAAUUUUCAGGGAUUUUUUCGUCCGAUUCGUUUUACGACCCUUCGCAGCUUGAUGUGCUUGGGAGCUUCGAUGAACUGCUGUGAAUGGAUUUUUUGGUGUUGUUCCAUUUGUAUUUUAAUUUUUUUUCCUCUUCUUUGUAUCAUAUGUUUAUACAGCCUUGUAGGGGAAUAUUGCUUAGUAUGUAUGUAUUAAGCUGAAAUUAGGUGUUCUUGUAUUCAGACAUGAAUGAUAUCUAAUUUCUAGCUAGUUAAUUAUACCAAGAAUCAAUUUUUUUCUGUCA